AUGCUGUGUGACGUGUGGAUCGGCCACCCUGCGGAGCGCCUCGGGCAGGAGCGCAAGGCACAGGGCGCUCAGGAAGACGGCGCUGGCCAGGGUGCCCGCAAUGCGGGCUCGCACCCACCCGAAGGUAUUCCUCCGACUGGGGUGUCCUCCGGUCGCCAGCCAGGCAUCGGUCAAGGCCACAGCAAGAGCCAGCGCACCUCCCAGGGUGUGGAAUGCGCAGGAAAGCAGGAGCAGUGAGCCGGUCACCCGGCUGGCCACCAACUCUACCAGGAAGAGGCAGGCGGAGAGGCAGAAAUGGCCGACAGGCCAACCUGUGGAGCCCACCACUGCCCACAGAGGCGAGGAGCCCUCACCCAUCCAGGAUUUAUUUCUUGGCUGGGCUCCCAUCUCUGCCUUCUACUCCCAGUCAGCUGUCACUCCGGCCUCCGAUCUCCUCCAACCUGUGUCCUCUUCUUUGCCUUGAUGCCCACCUCUUCCGAAUCGUCCUGUUGGCUCCAGCCCCUCGCCCAGUUCUGGACCUGCUUAUUCCUCCUUCCGCCACCCCUGCAGCCCCUGGUGCACGCUCUCUCCCAAUCUUAGAUGUUGCCCGGUUUCUCCUUUGCUGUGCCCCUUUGGCCAGAGACCCAGGCCUGGCCUCUGCCCUGCAAUCUGUUCCCAGUUUCUCGCUCUCUCGCUGUGUGUGUGCUUUACACUUGAAUAAAGUUUUGCACUCGGAGACCAGUGCACACUGCCCCUUGGAUUCCAGGGGUCCUUUAAAGAGGCAGCUCCCUCUCUCUUUCAUACACACUCUCUCUUGCCUUUGGCCUUCUGCCCAGGCUUCCACCAGCUGCAGAAACCAGGUCAUAAUGAUGCAUGUGAUUCUCCCCCUGCCACAAUAGGAGGGAGGAGAGUUGCAGAGAUUCCCCCCCCCCCCAACAAACCCUACUAGGGUAAAACGCGAGGGCUUGCGAGGUCACGGCUCUGGUGUAUGUGAGAUCUUGCAGAAUAUUCCCCAACAGCUCCCAUCCCCAUGACUGCUCUGCAGCCAAAAAAACGGCUUAGCAAAUGCCAGUCGCCACCAGCUUCAGUGGGGUGGGGACAGAGAAAUGCAUUUGCCAGCCUGGCUGAGCUUUGUGUAGACUGCUGAACCGUUGUCUUGCCUUGGUAAUGGACUGGAUGAGAGCCAGGAAACUGGAGCUCCAUCCAGACAAGGCUGAGGGACUGUUAGUGAGAGGUUCUCUAGACUGGAUGGAUGGGAGGGUUGCCUGCUCUUGAGGGAGUUACACUCCCUCUGAAGAAGCCCGGCUUCGGCUGGGGAGGGCGGGAUAUAAAUAAAAUUUAUUAUUAUUAUUAUUAUUAUUGGAGGUACUUGUGGAUCCUUUGCAGUCGCUUGAGGCUCAGGUGGCUUCAGUGGCAUGGAGUGCCUUCCGUCAGCUUUGGCUGGUGGCCCAGUUGCGCCCCUGUCUGGACAGGUAUAGCCUAACUUCUGUCAUCUUUGCUCUGGUAACUUCUAGGUUAGAUUGUGGAUUCACUUCUAUCUGGAGCUGGAUUGGGUGGUUCCUGACGACCAAUCAUACUGCUGCAUUGUUCUAGGACCAAUCAGACUGCUGCAUUCUGAAUCCUAUUUUUCUAGGACCAAUCAGACUGCUGCAUUUUGGAUCCUAUUCAACUCAGUACAUAACACCGGGAAUCUGGGGGUCUGGCUGAUCACUGCGAAAACAGGAUGCUGGACCCAGCCAGGGCCUUGCAGAGCCAGGCAAAGGCCCGAGCCAGGUAGAUAAUGUGCCCCCCCCUUUUUUUACCCUGGGGAUAACUGAAAUCUUAUAAAUAAGUAAGUAUAUAAAUAAUUUUCACAAAAGUUAUGCUGACAAAUAAUUUUAUUUCAAGGCUUGAACCGUAUCUGCAUAUAAAGACAAAAUGGAAAAUAUAGAUGUACAAUAGUGCGUUCGCCCCAGUGAGUAUGCGAUUGUGAAUAUGCUGACCGAGGCCCCCUUUGGAGUCGGAGGCCUAGGCCAAGUGGCCCAUAUGCCCCCCCCCCGUCUGGGCCUGGACCCAGCAGAGCUUUUCUGAUGGUCUUAGGGGACCUUGGGUCUGGCUGCAACCCUCACCAUCCCUGCAUCAAACCCUCCUUGGGUGUUUUUGCCUGGCAGGACUCUGACCAACCUGCCAAUCACCUGGCAUCAUUAUGUCAGGUGACUGAUGGGCAUGUUAUCCUGCUCACCUGACAAAAGUCCCUUGUGCAGCUCUUGGGAACCGCAGAAGAGGCUUUGCCAGCCCUAUGCUCAGUAAAGCUCCCAGCAUAGGGCUGGCAAAGCUGCUUUCUUCUGGGAUCAGCUGCAUGAUGGAGCUCCCCACAUGAAACCCAGCUGCACAACUGGUCCUGCCACACACCUGAAGUCUCAUGCGGUGUCAGGUAUGGGCAAGUGGGUAUAGGUUGGGGGAAAUGGACCCCCCUGCGCCAAAUUGGGAUCUGUGCAGGGUCAAAUCUGGCCUGCAGGGCAGAGGUUCCCAACCCUUGCAGCCAGUGAAUGAAUGAAUGAGCAAGUGAAAGAGAAAAUGUGAAUGAAAGGGAUAUGACAGAAAACAGAAGAGAAAGAAUGGGAGGAAAAGGAAAAGAGAGCAAAUGAGAAGGAGAAAGAGAAAAAUGGAAGACUGAAAAAUGAAAGCGUGAAAGAAGAAAUAAUGAAUGAAAAAUAAGAGAAUGAAAAUAAAAAAGAAACAAAAGAUAGGAAAACUGAACUAAAUAAACGUAAGAGAAGAGAGAAAGAAUAAUAAGAGAAGUGAAAGAAAAAAGAAGACUACAAGAGAGAGAAUUCAAAAAAGGGCAGGCAGAAGGAAUGGAAAAUAAAUAAAAGGUAGAAAGAACGAGGGGAAGAAUAAAUGAGGGAAAAGGUAUGAUAACAUAAUGAAAUUGUAAAAAAGAAUAAAUCAAUAAAUGCAGUAAUAAAUAAAUUAAUUAAAUGAAUUGAAAGAGAACACAGGUGUGUGGUGGCCUUGGGGAGGGAUACAUACAUACGUACAUGUGUGUAUAUAUGUGUAUGUGUGUAAUAGGAGAUAAAAUCGCUUCGGCACAGAUUUGACCACCUCGAACCGUUUCCUGCCCCUUUAAGGCGAAGCUCUCAGCCGACCCUACCGACCGCGCACCCUUUCUGUCCCUCGGCGGCCGCCUUCGCGCAUUCCGGCAAUCUGCCCACGUGAGCCAAACAGCGGCCGCGCGACAGACCCGCCGCUUCCGGUGCGCUUUUGCUGCCGCCGCCGCCGCUGCCGCCUGGGAAGAGAGAGCGAGAGCGCCGGUCCCUCGGAGCGCAGGUGAAAGGCGGGGGGGGGGGCGCUCCUUCUCCCGCCCCCUGGGAAACGGCAGUAGGGGGAAGGGGGCUCGCUCGUACAGGCCCCCUCCCCACCUGGCGCAGCCUGCCCUGCGGGGUUCUCCCCCCAUUCCCCAAAUAUGCGGUCCCUUUAAGAAACAGGGAAGGGCCCCGCCUUGACACCCCCCUUUUCCAGCCUCGCGUUUGGCUCCUCCCCCUUUCCAGGUCAUUUGCUCUAAAUACCUUUUGGGGGGGCUUACAUUUAACCCUUUAAGAUCUAUGGAGGGGAGGAAAGCUGGGGCCGUUAAGCGUAAGAUAUGGUUGGGUGGGUGUUUAUGGGACCCCAUAGGUCCUUCCCCUGGGGAUAAGUAAAUAAUACAUGCAUUUUAUUUAUUUGCAAAGAUUUAUAAGAGGCGUAAAUUGAAACCGCAGAUAAAAUCCACUAUUUUGAAACAGAAACAAUCACAACCAAUAAUUAAAAAAAACUGAAACACUGAUGAGGUCAGUAAAAUUUUGAAAGCGAAUCUAGGUAACUAAAUUUGUGUCUUUGGGUAGGUUUGCUAUAAUAAUGAUAAUAAUAAUUUUAAAUGUAUUCAGCAGGCUUCUUAAACAAUAUUGUGAGGGUGGACACAUCAUGCUCCUUCUGGGGUAAUUUUCCACCUUCGUUCCCCAGACUCAGCUCUCACCUGUGGCUCCCAGAAGCUAUCAGCAUGUGACAGUGGUCUCAAACCCUCAGUGAGUCAGGGACUUCACCUGCAUGUGAAGACAGGCUCCAGUGGAUUGAGUGGACUAAUAGUGGGUCUAACAGUCAAGAAGGCCCAGCUAGUCCAAAAACGGCUAGAAUUAUUGAUGUUUAGAAAAACUGCUAUAAGCUGCUCUGAGCUUGUGGGGUAGAACGCCUGACCCUAAGGUUACACAGUUGACUUAAUGGUUGAAUAGGAAUUCGAACUUGGGUCUUCCCAGCCCUAGUCUUUCAGUCAAACUGCUAUAUCCCACUGUCUAAGUUAGAGUCAUCUAAGGGUGGAGAGGCUAGUUCCUUCAUCCCACCUCCCCCGGCAAGUCUACUGUAGCUUUUACAAACAGCUUAAGACAGGAUUGGCCCAUGUGGUGUCCUCUAAAUGCUGUUCGACUCCAACUCCCUUUUGUCUGGGGUUGAUGGGAGUUGUAGUCCAACAACAUCUGGAGGUCACUGCAUUGGCUAACCAUGUCCUCAGAUACCGUCAAACCUCGGUUGUCGAACGUAAUCCGUUCCGGAAGACCAUUUGACCUGAAACGUUCGACAACUGAGGCACGGCUUCCGAUUGGUUUGCAAAAGCUUCUUGCACUCUGUGUCGGACGUUCGAGUUCCGAAAACCGGAGCAUUUACUUCCGGGUCUUUGGCGUUCGGGAACAAAAACGUUAGAAAACGGAGCCAUUCGAGAACCGAAGUUUGACUGUGUAGAAAUGAACCAGCAAAACCUCCCCUGGAGUGGAAAUGCAAUGAUAGACGGACUUUUCCCUUGCUUGUUUUUUCCUACCUUAACAGGCAGCUGUUCAAGGCAAGAGUGUGGGUGGCCUUCACGCACUCAAGGCCUUGGCUGCACACACUGAUCUGAUAGUCCUCUCCAAGGCUGGGAGGUUUGCUCUUUCUUAACUACAGAGAGCGCAAAAGAAAACAAGACACAUUCUGGAAACAGAAUGGUGGCGGAGUUGUAUUAACACGACAAAAUCGUGACCAGCAAUUCUCUCUGUGUGUGACUUUUAAGCCAUUCUUGGCAAACAAACAAAAAAAACACCUCCCAAACUGGCGUACAAUAAAGUAUCAAAAGUAUGACAAACAAAUGAGAAUUCCAUGUAUUAUCACUGUGCCAGUGCAGAGUGAUAACUUUUGACUUCGAAGAUAACUUUUGACUGUAGCUUUAUUCCAGAAAUCUUAGGACAAAUGUUUGCUGGGUGGCACAGAUUGUUCUGUUGUACAGAUUGCUCAGGGCUCUGCCUCCGUGGUCACAGGCAGCAUGCUUCUGAAUACCUGUUGCUAGAAACCACAGAAGAAACUGCUUGCCAGUUUCCCACAGACAUCUGGCUGGCCACUGUGCAAACAGUGGAGGCUGGACGGAUCCAGCAGGCUUUCCCUUACGUUCUUAUAUUUAAAAAUUCUGGCUCCUGGAAUCUUAUUUCCCUUUGCUAACCUCUUCCUUUCGCUGUCGCUGUUAAAGGAACUAACACAAAUUUCCGGACUCCUCCUGUUUCUUUUGCAGAGUUUGCUGGCAGUGGUGGUGGCAGCCCAGCCCAGCAGCAUGGAGGCUACAGCUCUGGAGAGCCUCAUUGAGAUGGGCUUCCCCCAGAACAGAGCGUAGGUGUCUGCCCCUGGGGAAGGGUGGGAGGCAUGUGAGGGUUCAAAUGGCAAGGCCAGCCCUUCUGGUCCCACAUCUAUUGCCCAGAAGGCCUAGAAAGAAGAAAACUGGAUCUGUGCAAGAUCCCUUCUCUGCUCCCAGUGUAUAUGUGUGUUAGCUGGCAGGUAUAUAUGUGUAUAUAUAUGGGCCGCAGGUGGCGCUGUGGGUUAAACCACAGAGCCUAGGUCUUGCUGAUCAGAAGGUCGGCGGUUCGAAUCCCCGCGACGGGGUGAGCUCCCAUUGCUUGGUCCCUGCUCCUAGCAGUUCAAAAGCACGUCAAAGUGCAAGCAGAUAAAUAGGUACUGCUCCGGCGGGAAGGUAAACGGUGUUUCCGUGUGCUGCUCUGGUUCACCAGAAGCGGCUUAGUCAUGCUGGCCACAUGACUCGGAAGCUGUAGGCCGGCUCCCUCGGCCAAUAAAGCGACCCCAGAGUCGGCCACGACUGGACCUAAUGGUCAGGGGUCCCUUUACCUUUAUAUAUGUAUAUGUAUAUGCUCCCAGUGUAUAUGUGUGUUCAGACAAGCAGUACUAGACCAUGGCCAUUGGCCUUAAUUGAAAGUCAGCCUUUACAAAAAGCUGUAGCUCAGUGGUAGAGCAUUGGCGCUGCCAGUCAGUGUGGGCAGUAUUAUCUCAGUGGUCUGACUCAGUAGAAGACAGCUUUCUGUGUUAGUAUUUGGGAAGGGCUACAGCGUCUACCUGGCCUGCAGAAGGUCCCUGGUUCAAUCCCCAGCGUCUCCAGGUUGGGCUGGGGGACAUUCCGUGCCUGAAAUCAUAGUAUAGAGCAGCUGCCAGUCAGUGCAGACAGUAUUGCGCUAGGUGGACCAAUGAUCUGACUCGGUACUGUAUAUGGCAGCUUCCUUUGUGGAUUUUACUUAAUUGUUGCAGCGAACCCUGUUGUCCCGCAACCCCCAUCCCACCCUAGAUGAAGGGGAAGUUGGGCUGGGGUUAUGAGUGCCCUGUGCUUCCAGCACUUCUCAGAAAGGCACAAAAAAAAUGUAGAAUAGCCCUGUGUUCAUAUGUAGUUCACUACCUCUUUCCUCUCCUUUUUCCCCAGAGAGAAGGCCCUAGCACUAACAGGGAACCAGGGCAUUGAAUCAGCGAUGGAUUGGUGAGUAUUGGCUCCCUUCUUCCCUCCUGCGGACCCUUGCAGCCCUCUUUUUACCAGUCUUCUCCUGAAUGGUGCCUCUCUCUUAACUCCCAGGCUCAUGGAGCACGAAAAUGAUCCCGACCUGGACGAGCCGUACGUGCCCCCCCAAGGCCACGUUCUGAGCACAGAGGAGCCCCCCGAGGGAAGGACGCCGGAGUCAGUGCAAAGUGGAUCAGGUCAGAGCAAAUCUGGAGAACUUGAGGUGGGAGGGAACCUCAUCAGGGGGUCCUGUGCCUGGCCUAGUUCUUACUAUCACCUGGGAGAGGAAGGGGAGAUUGGAAAUUGUUCCAUCCAGCCAGAAUUGAGCUCCUUCGAACCUCCAUCUCUUUCCACUGAGGGCAACUUUUCCAGAGGUUCUAGAAGAGGAAUAGCCGACAUCUCACCCUCCAGAUGUUGGACAGCUACUCACAUCAUCCCAUCCCAGGCUGGGGCUGAUGGGACUUAAUAGUUCAGUAACAGCAUGCUGGCCCACCCCUGUUCUGGAAUCUGCUUGGUCAGUUAGAUUUGUCCAAGAAAGAUCAAUGCUAAAAGCCGCAAACCAAAAUCUGAAUGUUUCCGUUGCUGCUUCUUUGUCAGCCUUCUUCCUUAACAUUGUUGGCUCUGGUUUUUCUCCCUCUCUCAUCAUUCUAGAACAGACAUCCCCAAACUUGGCCCUCCAUUUUUUUUGGGGGGGGACUACAAUUCCCAUCAUCCCUGACCACUGGUCCUGUUAGCUAGGGAUGAUGGGAGCUGUAGUCCCAAAACAUCUGGAGGGCCGAGUUUGGGGGGUGCCUGUUCUUGAACUCUGGAAGUACAGUGUGGGAACGGACAAAAUAAAGUCCUUCUUCCCAAACAGUGUAUGGUUAAAUCUGUGGAAUCCACUCACAUUAGAAUCAUAGAGUUGGAAGGGACGCUGAGGAUCCCUUCUUCAGGGUCAGCCACUCGGAUGGCUUUAAAAGGGGGUUAAACAGAUUCAUGCAGGAUAAGGCUACCAGUGCUUCAUUCUCCAAUGCCAGAAGCAACAGCUGCAGGGAAUCACAGCUGGAGAAAAUUACUGUUGCACUCAGAUUCUUUGACCUUUAUGUUGUGAACCGCUCUGAGAUCUAUGGGUAUAGGGUGGUAUACUACUACUACUACUACUACUACUAUUAAUAAUAAUAAUCCAGUGAACAGGCUCUGGUUAUGUUCAUAUGUUAAUUUUCCUUUUCCUUUUUUCUUUUUCUGCUCAUCCUCAAAUAUAGGAAUUUCCUUGCUUGUCUCCUUGGGUUUUUCCAAGCCCAGAGGGUAGCAACAUAACAGGUUUAUCUCCCCAUAGAUCCCACGUUAGAGGAGCUGACAGAGGAAGAUAACCGACGCCCCCUGAGCGAAGAAGAGAAGCGGGAGCAGACAAAGAGGUAAUCAUAAUUCUGGCGGCUUUAAAUUCUGCAACCUGAAAACCCGGAUUCCGCGACUAGAAUAUGAUUAGGCUAAUCAUGCAAGCCUGCAUGUUUCUCCCCCCACUUUGUGUGGAACUUGGGUCCCUAUGUGGUACUGCACUUCCAGCAUCCCCAGCCAGAAUCACUGGUUGUCAGGGAUGAUGGGACUAACGAAAUCUUGAUGGUUAGGUAAGGCAUCUUUGCAUAAUUAUGCCGCGAGGUGAGCAGGGCACAGCUGCACCUUCCAACUCCACCCUCUCUUGUUUACGGCAACGCCCCUGUGUGGCUUACGAGAUCUCCCGGGGAUUUUGCCCAUGUGCUUUCAGGAUGAUGGAGCUGAUCACUCAGAAGCAGCGAGAGCGGGAGGAGCGAGAGAAGCGGGAGAGCAUUGAGCGGGAGAAGCAGCGCCGGAAGCAAGGCCAGGAGCUCUCCCUCAUCCGCCAGAAGCUGCAGGAGGACGAGAUGAAGAAGCUGGCCGAGGAGAGGCGCAAGGAGAAGCUGGAGGAGAAGCUGGCCAAGUGAGAGCCUGUGGGAGGGUGUCAGUGGGGACCCGGAGGGGGGCUGGAAGUGGGGAGGGGGCUGCUCCUAUAGUGGAGAACAGCAGCAGACCUCUCAUGGUCUGCGGGUGCUUUUAAUGCCUUCCCAAAUCAAAGCAAAGGAGCUGCGAAUGUAGGAAGUUGCUUCUCUGUCGAGUCAGGCCAUUGGUCCAUCUAGCUCUGUGCUUCCCAAACUUUGACCUCCGGCUGAUUUUGGACUACAGUUCCCAUCAUCCUUAGCUAGCAGGGCCAGUGGUCAGGGAUGAUGGGAGCUGCAGUCCAAAAACAGCUGGAGGCCCAAGACCACUCCCCGAACCCCUGGAGUGUUACUGCAGAUGAAUACUGAGCUAGGUCUUGACUCUGUACAAAGCAGUUUCCUUUUUGCUGCUGGGAUAACCCCAUUCUUGACACCAAGACUGCUCUCGAAUGGCGCUCUCUUGUGAUCGAGUUGCAGCCUCCCUUGCUCUCCUACCCCCCCAACAUGAAAACUCUUCUCCUUUCCAGGCAGCGGGUGCGAGAGAAGAUAGAGCGCGACAAGGCCGAGAGAGCCAAGAAGGUAAGCAAGCAGCAGAGACUGGGAAAGGGGUGUGCUCUGAGAGUCGUGUUUUUGCUCGUGGCUUCCUUCCACGAGAGACGUGGGACCCACAGGUGGAAAUAAAAAGAAUUAAAAAUCAAAAGGGAUAAUCAAGGUAACGAAUGCACUGUCUCCAGUCUGUUCUGUUUCCUUAUAAUAAUAGUAAUAAUAAUUUUUUAAAAAAUACCCCACUCAUCUGGCUGGGUUUUCCCAGCCACUCUGGGCAGCUUCCAACAAAAUAUUAAAAUACAAUAAUUCCAGUCUCCUCAAGGCUGACCCAGAGGGAGAGAAAGAACAGGGCAGCAAAUAAGCUGAGGCUGAUUCACAGAGCAUGAAUUCAAGACUUGGGGAAACAGCUCUCCAAACAUGAUUGGGCUCCCAUUUGCUAUCAGCGCUGACCGUUGACCCUGUGGCCCGGGGCUCAUGGGAGCUGGGAGUCUAUAAACAGCACCUGGCUACCCGUAUUUCAGCACUGCAUCCAUUUUAAUGGAGUAUUUGUAGGAGGGAUGUUGCGGGAGAGAACUUUCAGAAAGGCCAACUCCCACCUUCUGUGCAAAACGGUGGAAGCCAGCAACAAAUGCAUUGCAAGGUGCUCCUGCUUGUUUGCCAGAGCUCUUAGGCCAAGGCCCUGCCUGUUGGGUAAACCCGCCAGUGUUGUUAAACUUAUAGAAUCGUAGAGUUGGAAGGGACUCCAAGAGUCAAAUAACAGACCCUGUGUUUAUCACCCGAGGCCUUUUUCAUAUGCCUCCUCCACAAAUGGUCUGAAGGGCGGCAAUACGAAAACGGGCCUUUUCUGUGGUGGCUCCCUGCUUGUGGAACGCCCUCCCUGGGGAGGCUCCCUGGGUGCCUUUGUUACAUAUCUUUAAGCAUCAAGCAAAAACAUUCCUCUUCUCCCAGGGUUUUGACUAAUUAAACAAUCUAUGGCCUUUUAAACUGUGGGGGUGGGAAUUCCUUUUGUUCGUUGCUAUGGGUUAAACCACAGAGCCUAGGACGACAGAAGGUCGGCGGUUCAAAUCCCGGGGUGAGCUCCUGUUGCUCUGUCCCUGCUCCUGCCAACCUAGCAGCUUGAAAGCACGUCAGAGUGCAAGUAGAUAAAUAGGUACCGCUCCGGCGGGAAGGUAAACGGUGUUUCCGUGCACUGCUCUGGUUCGCCAGAAGCGGCUUAGUCAUGCUGGCCACAUGACCUGUACGCCAGCUCCCUCGGCGAGAUGAGUGCCACAACCCCAGAGUCAGCCUAAUGGUCAGGGGUCCCUUUACCUUUACCUUUAAUGGUAUGUACUUUAGUGUUUUUCUAUUGUAAACCACUCGGUGACCCUCGGAUGAAGGGUGAUGUCAAAUUUAAUAAAUGGUAAUAGUAAUAACAACCUAGUCCAAGCCCUUGCAAUGAAGCAGUCACCACUACAGACUCCUUGACAAAUGGCCAUCCCUCUGCUUAAAAUGAAGACCACGGCCUCUCAUGGGAAUCCGUUCCCCUUUCGAACAGCUCUUGCCACCAGAAAGUUCUUCCAGAUAUUUAGUCAGAAUCUCCUUUCUUGUCUUCUGAAUCCAUUGAUUUCAAAUCCCCCCAGAGCACCAUCUUCUAUGUGACAGCCCUUUAAAUAGCUGAAGACUGCUCUCUGUCUCCUUCUCUGGGCUAAAGGUUGCCCAGCUCCCUCAACUGUGCCUCAUCUGGCUUGGUUUCCAGACCCUUGAUCAUCUUGUUCGCCCAGCUCUGCACACUUUUCAGCUUGUCAAUAUCCUUACGGGGUCCUCGCCGCGGGAUCACAUUCACCUGGUGCUAUACCAGCUGCACUGGCUCCCGGUGGAGUACAGGAUCAGGUUCAAGGUGCUGGUUUUAACCUUUAAAGCCCUAUACGCCUUAGGGACCUACCUACCUACGGGACCACCUCUCCUAGUAUGUCCCACGGAGGACCUUACGGUCUUCAAAUAAAAACAUCUUGGAGGUCCCGGACCACAGGGAGGUUAGGCUGGCCUUGACCAGAGCCAGGGUUUUUUCAGCUGUGGCUCCAGCCUGGUGGAACGCUCUGUCACACGAGACUAGGGCCCUGCAGGACUUGACAUCUUUCCGCAGGGCCUGCAAGACAGAGCUGUUCCACCAGGCCUUUGGCCAAGGCACAGCCUGACCCCCUCCUUCGGUAAUCCCCACAGAACUCUAGCCCAAUGGUUGCCAUGAAUUUGAUUUUGAAUUGAUUUUAGAAUGAAUUGGUUUUAGAAUGCAUUUCAAUCAAGUGAUUGUGAUUUUAGAAUGUUGUAUUAUUUUAUUGUUGUUAGCCGCUCUGAGCCCGGCUUUGGCUGGGGAGGGUGGGAUAUAAAUAAAAAAUUAUUAUCAUUAUUAUUAUUAUUAAUUUGUGAACAGGGCUUUCUGCCCCUAGGGUGCAAGCCUGCCCUGAGAACAAACAUACUUCCGGGGUGGCGCCAUCGGUAAUGGUGGACUCCCUCUGAUCUGGAGGGACCAGCUCCACGGGAAUCAGGUCUUUUCCGCUACGGCGAAGCGGGGACCCAAUCAAAAAUCACAGGCGGAUGAAGCCUGUGACCAUGGGACUCGGCGGGCACCCUUAGCGCCCCCCCAACCCGCAAAGGAACCCACUAACGGGCUCCGAAGCGAAGAGGGGGAAGUGGCGCGGUGCUGAGAGUCAACUGCUUCUUCCGUGGAGCGAAGCCGCACAGCCGUUGCCGGAGAGCGCUGCCUUUUUCCUGGGACAAUUUGGCUUUUAAAACAACCACCCGUGAGUACUUAAGUUUCGGACAAUUGGACUCUAAAUAAGGAUUUGUGAGCAGAAAGGAAAACUGGACUUAAAAGUUUAAUUUAAUUUGGCACUGAAACAGGAAGGUCUAAACAGGAAGCCAGCCUUCCGCUUCUUUGUAGAUAGAUUAAAGCAAAGACACAGCAAACUAAAGUUCUGAAAAUCGCUUCUAAAGGAUUAACUUUCAUCAUUUAAAAUUGUGGAACCCCCUUCGGAAGCAGGAGAAGAGGGGGGAUUUUUUCUGGACUGUUUAAACCUGCAGAAGUGAGUGUAAAGUAAAGUAACUUUCCACCGUCUUGAUCCUGGAGCGGGGUGUCAGGACUGACGUUUUGAAGCUCAUUGACCAGAGACAAACGUUUUUGACAGAUAGCUAAAGGAAGAGAUACAUAGUGAUUCCAUUGUUCCCCUUCGCAUUUUAAAGGAACAAAUAUUGACAAAAUAUCUGAAAAAGGAAACUUUGUUGUUAGAUUUGUUUUUAAAAGAAAAGAACAAGCAGAAGUUUUUCCCCUAGAGGGAGCCUGUGAAACUGUAACCAAUUUUGAAUCGGGAAGCUCGCAGCUGUUACAGAUUACGAUUGUGGGAAUAGACUUCUGACCUUGCAGGACAAUGUAUUCAGAAGCUCUGUUGAGUGCUUUCUGUAAAACAAGUGCCCUACUGGAACAGCUACAUGAGAAGACGGAUUUUAUGACUGAUGCGAUUAGAAAUUUUGGACAGGCAGUGGGAUAUUAUAUAGAGCCCACCCAGGAAUUAGAUCAGGAGUGUGCCCUGACAGAACAGAUGAGGGAAGAGGAUGUUGCUGAAUCUUGGGCGCCAGGGAUGGAGGGAGCUGCGGCCCAGCAGGAACAUGAAUUCUUGGAUUUGACAAAUGAACUUGGAAAAAGCCAGAUUUGGAAAGAUAAAGUUUGGUUUGGUUUGGAAAUGGGGGGUUGGAUAGACCCCCCUAUGCAGGGAGGUUUGGACUUUUCGAGUCUGGCAAUGGGCCGUGAGAUGUUUGGGGUUGUGGGGGCUCUCAAUUUUGGAGGGUUUUUGAAACAUGUUCUUAAAUACCACAUGGAACUUAGUGGGGACUAUGGAAAAGGGGCUGAUUUGUUGAGAAGGGUCAAAAGCAUUGUCAAGCUGGAGUUCCCAAGAGUGAUAGAAGUAGGAGAUAAAGGGAAAUAUAACUAUAAAUAUGAAGAAGAGCUGCGGAAGGGACAUGGAAGAGACUUAAGGGCCUCGGACAUAAGGUUACCAGGUUAAUGCGCUAGAUUGAUGGGAUAGAAAGGACUGACAAAACCCGGGUCCAGGAGGAAGAGACGCUGGAUGAAGAUUGGAUUGUUAUUUCUUUUAUUAUGAUUGUUUUAUAAAAUUGAUGAAUGUUAGAAAAAUGUUGGAACGAAAUUAUUUGGCUUUAGCAAAAAUGUUUAAAGAAUUAUGUAAGAAUAUUAUGGUUAUGAGAAAUUGGUAAAAAUAAGAUUUAAGUUUUAAGGUUUUCAUAGUAAGAUAAGAUUAAAAUAGAUUAAGGUAAAGUAAUGACAGAAUAUUAUGAAAUAUGGAAAGGAUUUGCUGUGACAAUUAAUAAUCAGGAUACAAAAAAAGGGAGGAGGAGGAGGUCAAAGAAAGAAGGUAAUGACAGUUAAAGAUAUGAGAAUAUUGGAUUUGUUUUUAAAUGUUUGCGGUAUAUUUUUGUUUUUUAAUUGUGUCGUGUUAUUUUUUGAUUUUGAUUUUGAUUAAUUUGUAUUGUUUGACUGUGGUUUGUCUUUUCUUUGUUUUUUCUUUCUUUUUUUUCUUUUUUUAUUCUCUUUUGUAAUUUUAAAAUUUUCAAUAAAUAUCAUUUUUAAAAAAAAGAGAACAAACAUCAGGAUGAUGCUGGGCGGCUGUCUUUUGUCCACUGACCCACCUCUCCUUUUCAAUUCAGUUUGGCGGCGGCUGCAGCAGCUCUUCCCAAGGCUCCACCCUGCCUGAGCAAUCGGCACCCACACCUGUUCCCUCGUCACCCAGCCAGGAACCCCCUGUCAAGCGAGAGUAUGAUCAAUGCAGGAUACAGGUAACUGACUGCGGGGCAGGCUGUGUGUUUGUGUGUAGAAUGCUGCUUAUUCUCAUCUGUUUCUUGCACAUACCAUAAGCCACUCUGCUUGCGAUAUACAGCCAUGUCGUGGCCGGCCUUAACCUUUUGCAUUCCUGCCGUAAAAGACUCCCUGAAAUCUUCCCUGCCUAAUGCAAGCAGGAGUAGACCAGGACAGGUUAUCAGCAGUCCAGCCAUGCAAACUGGAGGAGACUGCAGUUCCAAACUGGUCCCUGCUGUGAGCCUCCUUUCACCCGUCCCCCUUUCAUUUUAUUGAUCUUAAAAUAAAUACAGAAGUAGAACCAUGUCGAAAUGCAAUUAGCAGAAAAUGCAAACAGCAGUUCAAGCUAUUUGCCCAGGAUGCACAACCAAAAAGGGACAGCCUAGUUAGAUAAUACUAAAUCUAUACACCCCGUUCCUUGAUCCUUAUUGGCACAUCUCACAAAACCUGUCAGAGAGUAAAGAAGGGAUAUUCUCUGGCUCCACACAAUGGAUAAUGGAAAUAUGAACCUACUUUUUCCAAAAUAAUGGUAAUAUUUCUUAGUGUUUCUGUAGUGCUUUCAAGUGCUUCAGUGCAUUAUCUAGCUGUAAUCCUUACACAACAACCCUGCAAGGUAUUAUUAUUCACCACAUUGCAGAUGGGCUGGUGGAGGGGGGCUGAGAUUGAGGGCUCACCUAGUAAGGCCUAGUAUUUUCAUGGCAGAGGCAAGGCUCCAGAUGUUGACUUCCUGACUGCAGCUCAGUAUACUUCACAUGCAGAAGGCACCAGGUUCAAUUCCUGGCAUCUCCCGGUAGGGCUGGGGGAGCCACUCCCUUCUGAAACCCUGCAAAGCUGCUGCCGGUCAGUGUAGACAGUACUGAGCUAGAUGGACCAAGAGUCUGACUUAGGAAAGGCAGCUUCGGUGGCUCCCUGAUGAUUUUCUGGACUUUGUGGUGGUGUCACUUGAGAUAGCUUUAGGCAGGCCCCCACUUCUGAUCUCUAUCCCCACAUUUGCAACAAAAAAGGGGUGAUGAUGAUGAUGAUCAUCAUCAUCAUCUGCCCUGUGGUUAAGGAUUAUCAAGAGCGUGUGCAGGAAGCAUAUGAUCCACAUAAAGCACUAACAAUCCUUAAACCUUAGCAUUCUUAAUUAUUAAUGAAAUAAGCAAUUACCAUUGCAUGGUUAAAACCUUUGGCAGAAAAGAAAUCUCUGAGUUCUGAAUGAAGGUCUUUAGUAAAAAAAAGUUUACAUGUGCAUUAUCAUCCCAAUGACUGCAGUUAAGAUUAGCCACAGUUUAGGGUUCAGAUAUAACACUAAACUGCAGCUGGCUAAAAACGUACAUUUUCCCAUCAUCUCCCUGUGGAGAGGGAGGACAGCCCAGAACCCCCAAGGCUUAUUCAUGUUCAUGGAUACGACACUCAUGCACCAUUUCAGAUCCUCUCCUCCUGUGUUUUCCUCAGGUGAGACUGCUGGACGGCACGUCGCUCACCCAGACAUUUCGAGCCAAAGAGCAGCUGGCCGCUGUCCGGCUCUACGUGGAGCUGAACCGCAAGGACAAUGGUGACGAGCCUUUCCACCUCCUCACCAGCUUCCCGCGGCGUGUCUUCACUGAGGAGGACAUGGAGAAGCCCCUGCAGGAGCUGGGUGAGUCUGAGAUUGCUGGGGUAGGAAGAGGGAAGGGGGUGAGCGUUGCUUGCAGUGUUUCCCUCCUGCUACUCCGUGGAGGACGGAGGAAUUCUCGGGCAGGCGCUGGGAACCUCUGGGUCACGAGCCCAGUUUGCCCCAGCACGGCUCCCAGUUUGGCCUACGACGCCCACCAAGCUGCGUCUCGCUCCUAAUACCUUAUGUGACGUCAGGUAGAGACGCAGCCGGUCUGGCUGUGCGUGGGGAGCUCAGUUGCGCAGCCAGUCCCUGCAGAAAGCAGGCUUGAAAUCAUUGCCUGUCAGCUCACGUUUUGACUUCAAGCUUGUGGAUUACUUGUGCGCUGUGUAAAGCGCUUUGCAAGCCCCGAAGUCCUGGCAAUCAUCACCCCACGUCAGGUGAGUGACAGGUGAGCAGGGGAGAUGAAGACCCGCCCCCCAGCAACACCAGGUUCCAGACCCAUCCUAGGCCAAAGCACUGUCUGUUGGAAGCUGACCCAUUUUAUGCUACAUCUAAGAACAGAGAGAGCCUGCACCAGAGGAACUGGUGACCUAAUUUUUUUAGUUGCUGUUCUGUUAAUAUUGUUUUAUAGAUUCUAAGUGCCAUAUUGAUUUGUUGAUCAUAUGAUACGACUUUUGCUGCAAAUGUGAUGGUUAGCUUUUUUUUUUUAGUUCAUUUUGUUAAUAGCGUUUUAUAGAUUGCAAUUGUUUUAUUGAGGAUUUGUUAAUUAUUUCAUACGAUUGACGCUGCAUUACGUGCUUACGUAUUGUUGGUAAGCCGUUUUGAGAUCCAUUCGAAUGAAAAGCAGCCUAUAAAUACAUCAAAUCAACCCAGAAGCUGCUGAACUCCAGCUCCCAUCAGCCUCUGCCAGCAUGGCCCAACGCUCAGGAUGGGAGUUGCAGUCCACCAAUAUCUGGAGGGCCAGUUUUUCCCGACGCAAUUGGAACACACACAUUUCAUCAUCCCCGACUGUUGCCUGGCCCAGUUCUAGGGAGCCAGUUCCCAACUUCACCAGAACAGUACAUAAAUAUUGACCGUUUUGCUUUGACCCAAAGUCCUAACACCACCUCAUCCGCCCUGCUAACUGCUGAAUGUGAGUUUCCCCCAUUACCUCCUACUCUCUGCCUCUCUCUGUCUUUCCUCUGCAGGUUUGGUGCCUUCUGCUGUGUUGAUCGUAGCGAAGAAAGGCAACAGCUGAAGUGGCUCUCCUCCUCGCUCUCUCAGCCCCCUCCUUCCCUUGCUGCCGGAGGUGACUCUCACCUGACCCAUGUGCUCUGUCUCUGGGGGGAGCGCACAUCCCAGCCCCUCCUGGUUUUCCUAACCAACUCUGCCCACAGAGACUCCAAAGCACAACCAUGUCUUGGGGCUGGGAUUCCGAAUCAAUGACGACGAUCGGGCUGGGGUUGGAUGCGAUGGAGAAAAGUGUUGGGCUUCCCCUCCUGUCGGGGAGGGAGGGGCAAGGUUGCAACUUGACUUCCUCUCUUCAUGCCACACACACACCAUGAAUAAAACCUAUUCUCUCUUUCCU